AUGACCACAACCUAUCCCACCCAGGCCGCACCAGCGGCCCCCGCAAGCAGCACCGAAGCCCCACCAGUGGCUCCCCCAAGCAGCACGCAAGCCCCAACAGCGGCGCCCCCAAGCAGCAUCGAAGUCCCACCGCGCCCCCCCAACCCCACCCUGCGCCUUCCUAAGCCCGACGCAUACACUAUCAUUGUCGAGCUCGACGACGCAACCUCCGACACAUCCCUGAACUCGCCCACGUCGGACUGCUCAGAGUGCCAGCUGAUUGCGAACGCGGGGCUGUUCGACAGCGUGAGGGAGGGGUUUCAGGAGCUGGGGCGGAGGCUGGAGUGGCUGGAGGGUCAGCUGAGGAUUGCGGUAGAGGAGCAGAGGGAGAUGGAGGUGAGGUUGUCGGAGGUUAUGGAGCUGGUGGAGAGGGUGAUGGAGGGGUUGGAGUAUCCUUAG